AUGGCUUCUUCUGAUCCUCAAUUGCAUCUCUCUCCACGUGGUCCCGGCGUUCCGCCCCUGGAACAUCGCAUCAAGCGUAAGCCAGUUGCUCCAGCCAAUCCGAGCCACGGGGAUGUACCGGAAGGUGCGAGACAGAAACCGCCAUUGCUGCACAUUCCAGAUCCCUCGAUUCGUCCCAAAACAUCGGGGGGUUCAUCAUCCGCUGCACCGCCACUCCUGUCGCCGCGGCCCCCCUUAACGAGCCACGUCUCGACCAGCGCCCUCCCGAAGGUGUCACUACAUCAAGGUGACACCAACAGUUCGGAUGCAUUGACACCAUCAAAACCGUCGCCUGGUGUAUCUCGAGCCGUAACCGACAAUGGUGCUGCGCCUUCGUCGUCUCCAUCCGCCGUCCAAAAGGCAUACGGAGAGGCGCGCCACUUCCUCGGUGGCCUUAUCAAUCACCCAACAGAAUCGAACAAGCAUUUUACCAUCCUGCGCCAUUCACAUGGGAUUGUAUUCUACCGGGGCAGCAUCACGUCCAUCACAGUAUCCGUCUUCUCAGAUGGCCCUCUUCCUCCGGGCCGUACGUUCUGGCUCCAAAGCAAGGGAUACACGGGCAAAACGGGCAUGAAAGCCAAGGCGCUUUUCCGACUACAUGAUGACUGGGUCAAUGUCACACCAUCCAUUGCUCUCCGCGCGGACCAGGUCGAUCCGGCGAACGAAAGGGCCUGGCAGCGCGAUGUCACGAAAUUUCGCAAAAAGGCCCCUGCCAAAGUUCGAGAUACGCACCAGUUACGGGAGACGGUAAUGGUGCGGAUUCCCGUCGAGGCGGGCGAUGGCUACUUUCAACUUGUGCUAUGUCAGGACGCAAAGAAAAAGGUCCUGUGCUACAGCCCGGUGUUUCGCGUUCUGUCGACUUCUGCGGAUCCAAGCUCCAUUCGCGGCGCCAGUCUGAGUACCCUUCCGCUGGAACUGGGGGCGAUGGUUCUCAGUACGUAUGCACAGACAGUAGCUCAGGCGCUCCUGUCACCAGCCGCGUCGAAGGUGCAGAACAAAGUCCAGUCUUACCAGCCUUCCGCUGUCAAACAAACAGCUGGACAGGCGGCGUUCUCUUUGGCCGGCUUAGGAGACCGUGUUGGGUCUUUUUUGAGGCCGAAUGGUCAGAAUGAUGAGGAUCCCGGGGCUCAGAGCGGUCCAGACAAUCUGGACCAAGGACCGACAGCGCCAUUUCCGACGGACUUCAAAGCUCGCUGGGAACCAACUGCCGCACCGCCGCAAUACGAGCUACAAGACUGGCCGGUAGUCAACCUCACCAAAGUCCCAGAUUCGAUCCUAGAACGACUGCAUGGGUAUUUCAUGUGCUGGGCUCGCUUUUAUGAAUCGAAGGGCAAAGACGAGCACGCCAGCGACUGGUAUCAAAGCGUCCUCUCCGUUCUAAACGUAGAUCCGUCUACGAUUACCAGAGUCAACAUGUCGCACAUCACGAAGCGAACCACGACUCUCCGCGUCCUUGAGGAUAUUCCACUUCCACAACAAAUCAAAGUACAGAUUCGGGUAAUGUGUUUCAUCCGCCCGGAGGUGCCACCUCCUACCGCAGCCUCUGAAAAUGAACUCCUCGAAGCCAGACAGGCCGCCGCAGAAGCGGGCCGGCUCGCGAAUAUCUAUGAUGUUUCGUACGCGCAGGCCGUUUUGGAUCACCCUGCAUGGGCACCAGAAAUACCAAGGUCAACACCUGAAUCGCAAAAGGAGAACACGGGCCUUUUGGAUCGAACGAAGGGCGGGUAUGCCGCCGCGCGGACGCGGCUCGAGAAAGCCCCGUUACAUUGGAUUGGGGUUCGGUCCGAGACAGCACAGAAGAUGGAUCAGCAGGUGACUGUGAAUGGAUUUUACAUUGUGAGGUGA